AUGGGUAUACUUUUAUCUGUCUUGGGAAUGAUGGUUGCUGCUAAUUUGGAUUUGCCAAAUAAAAAAUAUAGUGAACAGGAAGCGGAACUAUUCCAAGAAUUCUAUUAUAAAAGCGUUAACGAUAGUCUGCCCCUACUGGAAGAGAUCAAAGACUGCGACUGUCCAAGAAUAUAUAUGCCUGUAUGUGCGUCUGAUAAUAAAACUUACACAAAUCUAUGUUGGAUGAAUUGUGCGGGUAUUAUAAGGAAAUCGGAAAUAAAGCUGGUGCAAAUGGGACAGUGUGUAUGGUUUUUAAGUCCAUUUGAUUAUUGA